AUGCUAUAUGAUAUCAAUGAAUUAGCAAAUUAUAUUUUAGAUAUAAUAGCAUUUUAUUAUCUAUUCAUGUAUAAUAAUUUAAGUAAUCUUUGUUUUUUAGAUCAGGUGGAAAGAGGAAGAGCAAAAGGAUUAGGGGGAAAAAUAGAAGAAGGAGAAGGAGGAAAAUUGGGAAGGGUGGAAGAAAUUGAGGAGGAGGCGUUUGAAGGUCCCGGAAUAGGAGAAGAAGAGGGAGAAGGAGUAGGAGUAAACUUAGGAGGGGAAAGUGUUGAAAAAAGCCUAAAGAGGGACUAUUUACGAAAGGGAGAAGGAACAGCUGUAGAAGAAGAGGGAAUAAAAAAAGGCACAUUUGUUGAAGGGAUAGAAGAAGGAACUAAAGGGGGGAUAGAAGUUGAAACUAAACGUCGCCUUGGCGCGACAAUCGCACGAUUAACACCUUGA